AAGGCAUCUCCGUGGCUCGUGCGGUGCGUGGCAUGAGGCCGUCAUGUCAUGGCCCGUUUCAGCUGCGCGGCCUUCCUGCUGCUGCACGGCAGCUGCAUCGCUGCACAGCUGGCCGCGCUCGCAGUGCUCGCAGGGCACUCUGAGCUCGGCUUGGGUCUACUUCCGCAGGCCAUCGGACUGUUGGUGCUGCAGCUCCUACUGUCCACGGUUUGCUGCUGGGUGGCAUGGCAAGAGCUCAAGAGCCUGAAUUUAUCCCUCCUGCAGCGAUGUGUUUUGGCGCCCUGGGCACUGCUUGUGCUGGGCGUUGGGCAGAUGAUCCAGCCCUGGCUGGCCUGGAAGGAGCAGAGCACGCCUCGAGGGCCCAACCAGAGCCUGAGGCGGACUCGGCCUGCGACGCGGAUGGUGACGGGCCCUCCGCGAUUUAGCUGUAGCGGCGCAGAAGCCGUCGCGCAAGGCUCCGCGUUUGCCGCAGUGGUGCUGUCGCUGCUCACUUGGGGCAUGUGGCACCCGACUGCGCUGGACCUGGUGAGCCGUUCUUUGCUGUGGACGUGUGCCGGGCUUUCCGUGGUGUCUGCCUCCUUGUCCCUGGUGGAGAUGGAUCAGACCCUGUCGGAAACCGUGGCGGCUGCGUUGUCAUCACGCCCAGGUCGGGCUUUCCCACUGCAUUUAGGCCUUCGUAUGGUUGAGAUUUGCUCCCGGAUUUGGGUCUGGAUGGUAUUGGUGGCUUUGCUGCGCGACCAGCGGGUGCCGGUGGUUGCUUUGCUGCUGCUGGACUAUGUUGUCACGGCCUUGGCGCUGGGCGGCAGAGCCGCCAUGCUGCUGGCGCUGCCAGCCAUGAUGGCCAACAUCGUGCGGUUUGUGGACACCGCAGCCUGGAGCAUAAGAGCCAGGAAGGCAACACGACGCCUGGCGUGGCUGCGGCAUGUGGAGACGCUAUCGGCCAGUGUCGGUGCUGCGCUUUGGCUGGCAGGCUUCUGGCCGUCCCUGCCAAGGCGCGGGGCUGUGCGUAGCUGGAAGGACAUGGAGCUGUUCCUUGCAGAUGCCCACAACGUUUUACCGGUUCUGGGUGCCGCAUGUGUGCUCCUCUACCACCCCCUGGCCUUCUCCCUGGGCCGGCUCCACGCUGCCCAGGUGAGGGCCGAUGGCCUGCACCGUGCGGCCGCCCGUGGCGAUGUAGAGGCAGUGUCCCGGUUGCUCCGGGAGCAGAGUGCCGAGGUCUCGUGCCGACGCAAUGGCUUGCUGGAUGGGCUCAACGCUCUUAGCCCAGAGGGCUUGGCGCCGCUGCAUUUGGCCGCCUCCGCCGGAGCUGACCGCGCCGUGCGCGCGUUGCUCCGGGCACAGGCGGAGGUCUCGGUGGCCGGAGCCGGAGGUGUAACUCCGCUGAUGCUCAGCGCAGAAGCUGGACAUGACAAAGUGCUUCGACUGCUGCUGGCACACGGCGCAGCGCAGGCAAUCAGUCAGGCUUCGGCUGACGGCAACACCGCGCUGCAUUUGGCUGCUCGAGAGGGGCAUUCGGAGUGCAUCCACCGGCUGCUGCGGGCUCGAGCUGACCCCGGUGUCGUCAACGCGCGAGGCUUGUCAGCCUUCGACCUGGCGAGGUCGCAGAAGUUUUUGGAGUCCGAAGUCCGCGGAAGUCACAUCUUGUCCACGGUCGCAGCGUCCGAGGUCAAGAGUUCGCACGGCUCCAUGUCCAGGGCGCAGGAGGACGUGCUGCAGCUCCCGAUGCACACGGGGUCAUCCCUGCGAGGCACACCUGAGAGGACUCCUCGUCCUAGUGCGCCGUCACCCACAGUGACUGUGAGAAGUAAUGCGAGCGUGCUGGAUGUGCCAGUCAUCGCCGCAGCCGACAGUGCUUUGGACGAGCUGCUGGCGGAGGCCUCGCGCGGCGGCUUGCGGCUCUCGCAUGUGGCGGGGAGUGUCCUCACAGAGGCCAGCAGAUCCAGCGGUCAGACUCCCUUUGCGUCCCGAACAGCCUUGGCAGGCAGUGCCGUGAAGGUCACAGGCCUGGCCUCGCUGGUGGCCUUGGCCAGCCCCGGAGUGCUGCGGCGACUGGCCUCCCGGCCGCGAGCCGGCGCGGGACAUCAAGGUGGUCACUCAGAUUCCAUCGAGGACAAGGAAUACAAGCUGAGCUAUUUCCGCAUCGUCGGCUUGAUCGGUGAGGGCAGCUUCGGCAGUGUCUACGAGGUUUGCGACAUGCGCUCAUCAGGCAGCUCCAUGGGCAACCCCCUGGGCCCAGACCGGCGCCGAGCGCUGAAGAUCCUGCACCGGCGACAGUACCUGGCGCAGGACAUGUUGGCGCGGGCGAGGCAAGAGCGGCAGGUGCUGAAGGCGGCCCGGCACCCCUUCAUCGUGCGGCUCUACUGCGCCUUCCGCACCCCGGGCAACGAGUUGGCCCUGGUCAUGGAGUACUGCCCCAAUGGCAACCUCAAUGACCUCAUUGUUCGCAUGGGCCGGCCUGGCCUUAGUGAGGGGCUCACCCGGAAGCUCAUGGCAGAGGUGCUGCUGGCACUGGAGUAUCUCCACGAUGAGCUGGACGUGGUGUUUCGCGACCUGAAGCCAGAGAACAUCGUGCUGGAUGCCGCCCUGCACGCGAAGCUGACGGACUUCGGGUUGGCCAAGGCGGAAGCGUCGAGCGGCGCAUGGAGCUUCGUGGGCUCCCAAUACUUCGUGGCCCCAGAGGUGACCCCCUUAGCCCGCCGCUAUUCACCCGCGGUGGACAUCUACACCCUGGGCUUGGUGGCAUGGGUGUGCCUGACCGGUGGCCUGUUGUCCGAGCCGGACACUGCGCCCUUGCUUGGCUGCCACCAGCAGCGCAUUCCGCCUCCCUCGCAUGAGGCCAUGAGGUCCUGGCUGGAUGACCGCAGAGGGGUGGUCAAUGGAAGCCCACAGCAACGUCAGCUGUCCGAGCUGGGAUUUGGCUUCGUGGACCAGACCACAGCCACGGACCCGUUGCAGCGAGGCACCGCCAGCGAGCUGCGUGGCCACGCCUUCUUCGCCGAAUCGCCGCACAGCCCGCGCCUGGCCGAUUUCAACGACUGGGUGGCUGUGCUGCCGUCCAUGGUGGAGGAGGAGCCGCUGUCCCCCGGCAGCGUUGCCACGGAGGACUCCUGGUCGUGGGAUCCCCGACGCCGGAGCUGACGAAGGAAAGCGGCGCUCAGGUCCAAUGCGACUUGCGCAUGCCGGUGCCGUGGGCUAUUCCAAGCCGGCACGCUGUACAUAUCGGGACUCGAAGGGCACGUUGCAUGCUGGCGUGGCUUGAGCUGAGGAGCUCAGGCGAGGGCUUGUCCCAAGCGCCCCUUGCUUUGUGAAGGUGUAAACGGCGCGCACCAGGCUGUUUGUGCAGUGUGACGAAUGUACCGGUACA